AUGGAUGUAAAGAAGGUGAGAGAAGAUGUUAAUUUGAAGCAUCAAGAGCUUCAUGAUGACAUGCUUCGUGAAGUUGCAGUUGUUCAGAAUGAUUAUGCCACUCUGUAUAAGAAAGCUGAUAUUAUAUGUGAUAUUGUCAUGAAAUAUGUUACAUUGUACGAAAGCUUGAGUCCUCAAAUUACUCAACUUUAUACAACUGAUAAUCAACAGUUUGGGGACGUUAUUUUAAUGCUCAAAGAUUUGAAGGAGUCGGUACUCAAGCCUGCUACAUCUUCGAUAAUUACUCCAGAGUUUCUCUCACAAAAGCUUACACAGUUUGAAGCCAUUCUCCAUAAACAACUAGCUCCUCUGUCAACCAUUUCAAAUCUUCUGCCAACUGGUGCAAGGGGGACAAAAGAAAGUUGGAGAAGGUUCUCAUGCGAAGGCUGGAGGUGA